UACGAUAUAGAGAUUCCGAGCGGUGGGUCCCAACGAGAAACUCAUUUACUUAAAUCAUUUUUUGAGUUUCCCCCCUCCCCCGACUUGGAGGACAUGGUAGGAUCCACUUCCUCUCCCUGCGUCCCGCAGGAAGUCUCGCGAUGGAGGGAGGAGGUACACUUCCAGAAGCACUGAAAGAAGAAAGGCAGUUGGGACACAUUCUGCCCACAAGUUCAGAAGCCAGCAGUGUGAAGAGAAGCCCGUGGGGGUUCCUCCUUACUGGGAUUGUAGGUGGAGCACUGGUGGCUGUGUAUGCUGUGGCUACACCGUUUAUCACACCAGCCCUGCGGAAAAUUUGUUUACCUUUUGUGCCUGCAACUUCAAAGCAGAUUGAAAAUGUUGUGAAGAUGUUGAGAUGCAGAAGAGGACCCCUGGUAGACAUUGGUAGUGGUGAUGGACGCAUUGUGAUAGCAGCUGCGAAGGAAGGAUUUUCAGCUGUUGGUUAUGAACUGAAUCCAUGGCUGGUUUGGUACUCCAGAUACUGUGCUUGGCAAGAAGGUGUGCACGGCUCUGCCAGAUUUUAUAUUUCAGAUUUAUGGAAGGUCACCUUUUCACAGUACUCAAACGUUGUUAUUUUCGGUGUGCCUCAGAUGAUGCCGCAGUUGGAGAAGAAACUUGAACUUGAACUUGAGGAUGACGCAAGAGUCAUUGCUUGCCGAUUCCCUUUCCCACACUGGAUCCCAGACCAUGUUACCGGAGAGGGGAUAGACACUGUGUGGGUUUAUGAUGUGAGCACUUUUAGAGGAAGAGAAAAGAGGCCCUGAAAACACAAUGUGUUUGAGAAUCGAUGAGAAUCGAUGCCUCUCUGGUUGUUCAAGUAGGAGACUUCUGAGAGUGCUUUUUUAAAGCAUUGGUUGUCUUUGAUUCUAUAGAGACCUACAGCAGUAUCUUUAGCAACAGAGCCUAUUGUUCUUUGGUAUGGAAUGAGAAAUUCGUAUUAUUUUCCUUAGCUUUUACAUAAAACAAAUAGAAGUUAAGAAAAACAGGUAGACUUAAAAUCCACUUUUAAUGGAAUAUUCUAAAAAAUGUACUUACUGCCUUUUUGUGUACUUGGAUGCAUGAAAAUAUUAAUAAGCAAUGGUCAUGUUUGUUGGUAGGAAAAAUGUUAACAGCUUUUUACAUUAUAAACUAUAUGGUUUACUGCUUUAGAUCAGGAGAAACAAUUAUUAAAGAGUAUUAACAAAUGUUUGCAAGUUUCCUGUAGCUUAAUUCAUUCUUAAGAUUUUUCUCUUUUUUUGUACUUUAUGGCAAAAUUAAUUUUCUAAAGUUUCAGAGAAUCUUUUAGAUUUUAUAACAUUUUUUUAGGAAUAAUUUGGCUAUUGGAUUAUUAGGCUAGUGGAUUGCUACAUUUCAUUGAAUCUAUAAUAUGUACAUGUGUGUGUGAAUGGGUGUGUAUAUAUGUAUGUAUACAUUUUAACAUUUCUGGAAUUGACAUAUUUUGUAAAGCUCACAGCACAUAGUUUUGGUUUGCAAAUGGUAUUCAUUAUCUUAGGCACUAAGGAAAAGCUUAUUCAUGGAAGUUGCAGAUAGUUUCUGCUAGUUGUUUCUUUAUUUCAUGAGAGCAGCCAUUUAUUUAAUAUUUCUCAUUUAUGAGAAAAGACUUGACUGAUUUAGAUAAGUUAAAGAAAACCUUUGAAUCUGAGUAGACAACUUUCAUAUAUCUGAAAAAUGAAUAUUGAAUGGUGGCUUGAAUAAUCUGUGCUUAUCACAGAAAAGAAUUAAACUCCCAGUCACACAUCAUAACAAAAAUGCUAAACUAUCUUAAUGGAGAUUUGAUAAAAAAGAUGGUUGCAUCUUUAACUCAACUGAUAAAAAUAGAAGCAUUGAUAAUUUUCAUUUAAAUGAGAGCUGUCUGGGGACACAUUCAUGUAGUCAUUCGUUCAUUCCACAUGUUUGAACUGAGCAUCUACUGUGAUAAUCCUGCAAUUCCAUGGAGAUUAGAUGAGCUGGACCUGGGCCUCAUGGACUUCCUCUUCUCUAAGGGGGGAACAGACAAGUAAGCAAGAAGCAAAUGUAGUGUGUGUAAAAUUCUCUGAAAUAAAGAAGCUGUGAAGGUA